UUUCUUCUUCUCAUCGCAGACGCCGAGGAUAUUUUCUGACACAGUAAUACCUAAUAGCUUGUUAUUUAUCAAGAUGGCACAGGGACAAAAUUUGAACGCCGAUCAGUUGUUUGAAAAAAUAAACGCGGCUAAGGAUUCUAAAUCUUUAUUGAAGAAACAUCUGACUCCUGAAAUAUUCGCUGCUACUAAGGACAAGGUUUCUAAAUUUAAAGGAACAUUGGCUGAUUGUAUCCGAUCAGGAUGCAUGAACCCAGACAGUGGUGUUGGAAUCUAUGCGUCUGACCCUGAUGCUUACACCACGUUUGCUGCUGUUCUCGACCCCGUCAUCAAGGAUUACCACAACGUCACAGAACUGAACCACCCCAAGCCAGACUUCGGUGAUACCUCUAAACUUGACUUCGGUGAUUUGGAUCCCUCUGGUGACAUGAUUGUGUCUACCCGUGUCCGUGUUGGCAGAAGUCAUGCCAGCUAUGGCUUUCCACCCGUUCUUACACUGGAAGAUCGUGUUGAAAUGGAAAAGAACACGGUUAAGUGUCUGGCGAAAUUGACCGGCGAUUUGAAAGGUGAAUACUGCCCACUCACGGGUAUGACCAAAGAAAAACAAGCUGAGCUCACAGCGGAUCAUUUCCUCUUCAACGAUAGUGAUAGAUUCUUGAGGGAAGCUGGAGGCUACAAUGAUUGGCCCACAGGCCGAGGUAUCUACUUUGCCACCAAUAAAAAAUUCUUAGUAUGGGUCAACGAGGAGGAUCAUCUCCGAUUUAUCUCUAUGCAAAUGGGAGGCAACUUAGGUGAAGUUUAUACCCGAUUAGUCAAGGCCAUCAAAGAACUGGAGACAAGCGGUCUUGAAUUCGCCAAGAAGGAUAACCUUGGUUACCUUACAUUCUGCCCCAGUAACUUGGGCACCACCCUCCGAGCCUCUGUACAUAUUAAAAUCCCCAAGUUGGCUGCAGAUCCAGAAUUCAAGAAAUUUUGCGAUGGUCUUCACAUCCAAGCCCGAGGUAUUCACGGUGAGCAUACUGAAUCUGUUGGCGGUGUUUACGAUAUCUCUAACAAACGUCGAUUAGGUCUAACCGAGAUCGAAGCUGUACAAGAAAUGAGACGGGGCGUUGAAGCUGUCAUUAAACGUGAGAAAGAACUAAGCGGAAAAUAAAUUCCUGACCCUGUUACUGUCAUUUUGAAUUUACAGUAUUUGAACUUGUAUAUAAUGUGUGUUUAUAGACUGUGUCAGAAUUAUCCGAAUAUCCACUGGUCUCAAAACAAAACAAAAAAUGGCUAGAUUAAAUUCUUGACCCUAACACCAUUUUAAAUCCUAAGCUAAGAUUCAAAAAGCGCAUACUUCAUAAAAGUGUUUGCUUGACAUAUCUCGGCAGCACUGUUAUUUAUUCCACUUUUUUUUUAUUUGUUUUGUUAACUAUCUAUAGGCGCGAAGAUCCAGACGGUUAAUCGUUUUGUUUUCGAUCAUCUCGAGUAACCAGGAUCCUAGUGAUUAUCGGUGUGAUGUUAGAUCUAUUUAUUACCAGAAAUAGAACAAAUUCCUAUUUCUAGAAUACCUGUGAUAAUAAAGAACCUUAUUGAGACCCCAAGAAUAAAAAAUUGGAAAAGCA